AUGACCGCGGCUAACACGUCGAAGAGUCCAAGAGACGGCGCAAACGAGGGGCACAUUUUCACCCCGCGCUCCGGCCCAGCAUUUUUCUCGGCUGCCCCUCCUCACUCGAGACUUGUGUUACACGACCCGGCGCAUCGCGACCAGGACAGCCGCGGCGCCGAAUCCACGAUGGAGUACCUCGUCCGCUUCUCCCAGGCCCACGAGUCUUUCAGGCUCCCGGAGCUGCAGGCCCUGGCCGACCUGGAGGAGAUCGACAUGAAGGUUGUCGAGUACAGUCCUGAUUCCCCCUUCUGCAUAAUCACACUCCCCUCUCCCUCCCUCGCCCCCCGCCUCAUCGCGCGCUCCCUCCUAACCCAAUCGAUCCACCUCCUCCUCGCCUCGGCGCCCUCCCACGACGCGCUCCACGAAACCAUCAAGUCGGCCCUCGCCGCCCCCACGCCCACCUCCUUCGACUGGUCCUCCGUCUCGGCCGCCUCCUUCAAGUUCUCCCUCGACACCUACCAGACCUCCCGCCCGCACGCCGACUUCGUCGCCCUCAUCAACUCGUUCCGCUACCUUCCCCUCCGCGGCCCCAUCAACCUCAAGACCCCGGACCUCGAGCUCACAAUCUUCGAGGACUGGGACCUUCACGGCGCCGAACCCAAGCGCGUCCACCUGGGCCGCCACCUCGCCUCCGGCGCCCGCCACCUCUCCCUCACCUACGACCUCAAGAAGCGCGGCUACAUCAGCACGACGUCCAUGGACUCGGAGCUCGCCCUCGUCACCGCCAACCUCGCCCACGCCGCGCCCGGCCGCCUCUUCUACGACCCCUUUGUCGGCACGGGCUCCUUCCCCAUCGCCUGCGCCCACUUUGGCGCCCUGGGCUUCGGCAGCGACAUUGACGGCCGCAGCAUCCGCGGCGCCGGCGGCGACCGCAGCGUCCGCGGCAACUUUGCCCAGUACGGCCUGCUCGACCGCGUCGGCGAGUUCUGGACCGCCGACCUCACAAACUCCCCCGUCCGGAGGUCCCGGUGGCUCGACGGCAUCGUGUGCGACCCGCCCUACGGCGUCAGGGAGGGGUUGAGGGUGCUGGGGUGCCGGGACCCGGACAAGACGCCAUCGGGCGACUUCAUCGCCCCCAAGAAGCCGUACAGCUUUCUCGCCAUGCUCGACGACAUCCUCCAGUUCGCCGCCGACACCCUCGUCGACGGCGGCCGCCUCUCCUUCUGGAUGCCCACGGCCAACGACGAGGACCAGGAGAUCCCCACGCCGCAGCACCCCCGCCUCGACAUCGUCGUCACGUGCGUGCAACCGUUCAACAAAUGGUCUCGGAGACUCAUCACGUACCGGCGCAUCCCCGACAGCCAGGUCGACCCGGAAAGGCUGGCCGCCUACAAGCGCACAUUCGUCGCGGGAACAACAGCAGAUGAGCUGAACCCCUUCCGAAAAGGCUACUUCACCAAAUUCGAAAAAGAAGAAGCCUAG